AUGGUGGCGGCGCAGGAGAUGCUUGACGAGGAGCAUGCUGGCCUGGAGCACAACCUACUAUCUGACAAUGACAAGAAUCUGUACACGCUAGGCUCUGUCGGCGGUCACAACGUCGCCAUUGUAUGCCUGCCUGCCGGUCGGAUCGGCAAUAACUCAGCAGCCGUAGCGGCAACCCGAAUGCAAGCAACGUUUAAAAACAUUCAGUUUGGGUUGAUGGUCGGCAUUGGUGGCGGCGUUCCGAGUUCUGAAGCAGACGUUCGGUUAGGUGAUGUUGUUGUCAGCCAGCCCCACGGGAAUCUUGCUGGUGUAGUACAGUAUGAUAUGGGGAAAACAACACCAGGCGGCUUUGAACGAACGGGAUCAAUGGAUGCACCACCGGAGGUGCUGUUAGCAGCUGUCGCGCGCGUAAAGGUGAACGACCUGCGUGGCAGAAGCAAGCUGUCUAAACAUAUCUCCAAGCUGGAAAGCAUCACCAAGUUUCGACGCAGCAACGCAGGGAUUGAUAUACUUUUUGAAGCAACACACGACCAUGUCGCAGGGCAGACGUGCGAUAGGUGCAGCCCUGACAGACAGGAGGCUCGACAGGCACGCCCUAUCGGGGAGGAAGUAGUGGUACACUACGGCACUAUCGCAUCUGGCAACCGAGUGAUACGGAGCGCUGCUGAACGAGACAAAGUCAGCGUUGGGCUCGACAAAGUACUGUGUUUUGAGAUGGAAGCAGCAGGGCUACUAAAUAGCUUUCGCUGUCUCGUUAUACGCGGUAUCUGCGACUACGCAGACUCACAUAAAAACAAGCUGUGGCAGCCGUACGCAGCAGGGACUGCGGCCGCAUAUGCGAAAGAAGUUUUGUUAGCGGUACCGCCGGCAGAGCUGUCCAAGCCAAAUAUGGUGGAAAAAGUCGUGAGAGAGACAAGUGGUAAGUCAGGAAACGUACCCAAACCUAACUACCACAUACCCUUUCUUAUCAAUCGACGCUUUGUUGGACGAAAAACAGAGCUUCAACUCUUGCAGAAAAGGCUAAUGAUGGACCAGGACUGCCAGGAGCUGUCCAUUGUGGGGCUUGGUGGGACAGGCAAGACGCAGUUGGCGUUGCAAUUUGCAUACAGCGUGAAAGACCAAUGGCCAGAUUAUUCAAUCUUUUGGGUGCCUGUCCUGAGCAUGGAGACCUUCGAGCAGGCAUGUGUAAGCAUCGCAAAGAUUUUGGGUAUACGGCAGGUGUCGGACGACAAAGAAGACAUCAAAGAGCGAGUGAAACAAUGGUUGAGCUCAAGUCGAGCAGGGCGGUGGCUGAUGGUGGUGGACAACGCUGACGACCCUAGUACCUUGUUCAAAACAGCAGAGUCACACGGCAUCAUUGACUAUCUACCAAAGAGCGAGAACGGUAUCAUACUGUACACAACACGCACGAUGGAGGUAGCGGUAUCGUUGACACAGUACGAUGUUCUGGAGCUGGAGGCCAUGGAUUCUCGGGACGCGAUCAAGUUUUUCUCCAGCUCAAUAAUCAGGAAAGAGCUACUCUGUGACCACGCGGCGAGAGACGAGCUACUAGAAGAGCUAACACGGCUACCGCUGGCCAUCGCGCAGGCGGCUGCGUAUCUGAAUAUGAAUCGCAUGACAAUAAAAAAAUAUCUUGGAUUACUGCACAAUACCGAAAAAGAUCUUAUCGGUCUACUAAGCAGAGACUUUCGUGACAACACGCGAUACAAAGGCUCAGUGAACGCAGUGGCGACCACGUGGGUGGUGUCGUUCAGCCAGUUACGCGAGCGCGAUACAUUUGCGGCAGAUUUGCUUGAGUUUAUAUCCUUUAUAGAGUGGAAGGCCGUACCACGGUCCUUGCUGCCAAAGAAAGAUUCUGAAGAGGAGAUGGAGAGAGCCAUUGGCACGCUGUGCGGAUACUCCUUUCUAGUAAGACGCAAUAGUAACAGUCAAGGCACACAGGAAGAGAGCGAAGAACAUACAGAGACAAAGGAGGAAGAGUGGUACGACAUCCACCGACUUGUGCACCUAGCGACACGGACCUGGGUCAAGAAGAACGGCGAUGCAAACAAGGUAGUGGAGGGUGCAAUCCGGCAUGUUGCACAUGUCUUUCCGGACGGAAAAUACCAGAACCGGGCCGUUUGGAGAGCGUACUUGCCGCACACGCUCCAGUUGCUUAACGGCAGGCAGCACGGCAAUAUAGAGGACCUUUCUGAGCUGUUUCUACGAAUGGGGGUGUGUCUGCGAAUAGAUGGCAGGUAUCGGGAGGCGUUGGCAUGGCUGGAAAAGUCAUGUCAACAGAGAGUUCACCUUAGUGAGGAUGACCCAGACCGCCUAUACUCACAGUACAACCUCGCGGUAACAUAUACACACGAUGGAUUCCCGCAAAUUUCAAUACCACUAUUGGAGCGUAUAGUACAAAUAAGAAAGAAGACUUCAUCCUCAGAGGCUCCAAGCCUAUUCAGAUCGCAGGAACAACUCGCACUAGCAUACAAUCUCUACAAACAGGGGCACAAGGCGAUCGCGCUUCUAGAAGACGUUAUUAAAGUAGCGGAGAAAACGUUAGCUCCAGAGAACGAAGGGCUAAUAUCAUUGCAAGAGAGCAUAGCAAUAACAUACCAGGACUGCGAUCUAUCGCACAAGGCGUUCCCACUUCUAGAAAAAGUUGUCAAAACUAGAGAAUGGACGCUGCCGCCAGAGCAUCCAGAUCGACUGGGCUCGCAGUACUUCCUCGCACAAUUGUACGUUUCUGACGGACAGACACAAAGAGCAGUCCCGCUCCUGGAACAUAUCGUGAGCGUGGAAGAUAAGACGCUGGAGCCAGAGCAUCCGCAUCGAAUGCCAUCGCAGCUUGCGCUCGCGGUAGCAUACUAUAAGCUUGGGCAGGUGUACAGGGCAGUGGCACUACUGGAGAGCGUUGUCGCUAUUGGCGCUCGCACGCUGCGAGAUGAUCAUCCUUUGCGGCAGGAGUCGGUCAAGUCGUUGAAUUUUAUGCUUGCAGAGCUGGAUGCGAGCAAGGAUGAAACAUCAAAUCCAUCCGGUGAGGGAGAUCCUGGAGAUGGUUCCAGUAAGCAGGGCGCCUAG